AUGGGUAAAAAAGCAAUUCAGUUCGGCGGCGGCAACAUUGGCCGUGGCUUCGUUGCUGAGUUCCUGCAUGAGUCUGGCUACGAGGUUGUCUUCGUCGAUGUCGUGCCACAGGUCAUCGACUCGUUGAACAGCAACAAGACCUACGAGGUCACUGAGAUCAGCGAGGAGGGCGAAAAGACCAAGACCAUCACCAACUACCGUGCUCUGAGCUCCAAGACUCAAGAACCAGAGGUUGUCAAGGAAAUUGCUACUGCUGACGUCGUCACCUGUGCCGUUGGACCAAACAUCCUAAAAUUCAUUGCCCCCGUCAUUGCCAAGGGUAUUGACGCCCGUGAAGUGGAGCGUCCCAUUGCUAUCAUCGCUUGCGAGAACGCCAUCAAUGCAACUGAUACUCUUCGCGGUCACAUCGAAGAACACCUCGACAAGUCCCGUCUCGAAACUCUUCCCAAACGCGCUCGCUUCGCCAACUCUGCUAUCGAUCGCAUUGUCCCUACUCAGCCCGAACACGCAGGCCUCAACGUUCGUAUCGAGAAGUACUACGAGUGGGUGGUUGAAAAGACUCCAUUUGGAGAAUACGGUCAUCCAGACAUUUCUGCCAUCCACUGGGUCGACCAUCUUGAGCCUUAUAUUGAGCGCAAGCUCUUCACUGUCAAUACUGGCCACGCAACUGCCGCCUACUAUGGCUAUCAGGCUGGCAAGAAGACCAUCCACGAUGCUCUAGCCGAUCAGACCAUCCACAAGGCCGUCCACGCAGCUUUGGACGAAACUGCGACCUUGAUUGUCAGCAAGCAUGAUAUUACCGAUGAGGAGCAGAAGGAAUAUGUUGACAAGAUUGUUGAGCGUAUCUCCAACCACUAUCUUGAGGAUGUUGUCGAGCGUGUCGGUCGUGCCCCAUUGCGCAAGCUUUCUCGCAAGGAGCGAUUCAUUGGACCGGCUGCCCAAUUGGCCGAACGUGGCUUGAAAUUUGACGCCUUGCUCGGAUCUAUCGAGAAAGCUCUUCAGUUCCAGAAUGUCGAGGGAGAUGAUGAGAGCAAGGAACUUGCCAAAAUUCUCAAGGAAAAAUCUGCAGCCGAGGCUACUCAGCAGAUCACCGGCCUUGAGACCGAUCACCCCCUUUACCAGCAUGUCUUGAAGGUUGUUGAGAAAGUUCAGUCAGAAUCAAAGUAG